UGGAUAUGUCUUCUGAAAACAGAGCUCUGACAGUUACACUACUGCAAAAGGACAGAAUAAUGUAAAACCAGUUGGCAUUAACAACAGUGGAGUGUCUGGCACUAUAGAAGAGUUUAUGAAGUUUUCAAAGUGGCUGAUGUACAUCUGAGUGCCAUGCAGAACCAAAGGCAAGGAGACGGAGAAACAGGCUUGGACAUUGUGGACUCGACAGAAGUGUCUAACCUGUUCUCAUCAGACGCGUGCUUCACUCACCUCAGGGAGGAUCAGAAUUUCUCCCCAUUGCCAAAAGUAACCAGAGAUUCAGUGAGGCAAUACCUUCAAUUCAGUCCUGACCAAUCAGUGAUCAUCUUACAUGCCAAAGUUGCUCAGAAGUCUUACGGCAAUGAGAAGAGGUUUUUCUGUCCGCCUCCUUGCGUGUAUCUCAGUGGACAUGGAUGGAAACUCAGACAGGAGCAACUGAAAGCAUUAGGUCUAGGAGAGUCCAGUUGUCGGCUUUUCGGUUACAUGGGUCUGGACAGCUCCACUGAUCCACGGACAGACAGUUUCAAGCUGAGCUUUGAGGAGCAGACAGACAGGAGGAUGUUUGCUUGUGCUAAAACCUUGUAUAUCUCAGAUACGGACAAACGAAAGCACUUUCGCCUGCUGCUGCACCUGUUUCACAGUGGAGGGCAAGAAAUUGGCACAUUCAACAGCAGACUCAUUAAAGUCAUCUCCAAACCAUCACAGAAGAGGCAGUCCAUGAAAAAUGCUGACCUGUGCAUUUCUUCAGGCUCAAAAGUAUCGUUGUUUAACCGCUUGCGGUCACAGACGGUCAGUACGCGUUACCUGUCGGUGGAAGACGGGGCUUUUGUCGCCAGCGCAAGACAAUGGACGGCCUUUACUAUUACUUUAGUGGAGGAGAUGCAAGCCGCUCAUAGUGAAUACACAGUGUGUGACAGCUACAUCUGUUACGGCUGUGUGGUUCAGCUGGUAUGCACUGACUCAGGAGUGGCACUGCCUCCAAUGGUAAUACGUAAAGUGAACAAGCAGCAUGCAUGUCUAGACGUGGAUGAGCCUGUGUCUCAGCUUCAUAAAUGUGCUUUCCAGUUCAGAGACAGUAAUCAUAUGUACCUGUGCCUGUCUAAUGAAAAAAUCAUACAGUUCCAGGCCUCUCCAUGUCCAAAAGAAAGUAAUAAGGUGUUACUAAAUGAUGGCUCCUGCUGGACCAUCAUUGGAACGGAGGUAGUUGAAUACACCUUCAGUGAGAAUCUCACCAGUCACCCGACCACCAUCAGCCCUGUACCUGUCAUCAAUGGACUAGAGUUGAAUGGAGGAGGACAUGUGGCCAUGUUGGAGCUUCACGGAGAAAACUUCAGUCCACACUUAAAAGUCUGGUUUGGUAACAUGCAGGCUGAGACAAUGUUCAGGUCUUCCAGGUCUCUGAUGUGUGUUGUUCCUGAUGUAUCCAUAAUGAGUGGCGAGUGGAGAUGGAUGAGACUACCAAUCACAGUGCCUUUAUGUCUGAUCCGAUUGGAUGGGCUAAUCUACAGGAGUUCAUAUUCAUUUACUUACACCCCAGAGCACGGCGCCCCCCCUCAAGGAAACGGUACAGCAGAGAGAACCGCAGACUCAGACUCACUCAUAGACACCAUUCACCAGGAGUUCACACGGACAAACUUUCACCUAUUUAUGCAGAGCUGAGAUCACACAAACACACACAUACACACUCAUCAAGGAAGCAAAUAUUCAUGUCAGAUUAUGUCCAGUCCUGGCACACAUUCUAUCCUCUUGUUAACACUUACACUCAUAAGAAAAACUCUCACAUCAUGUAAUCAUAUAGAGCUUUAGGGAGCUUACGGACUAAAGACAGCUCUGAGGGGCCGUUUGACGUAGGAAUGCACAAGAUCUGUGUAUCUGGGCUGUGGAAAGUACCGGGUCAGUCUGAAAUAAAUACAGAAUACAGUUAAUUGGAUUGAAACUGGACCUGCCUCUGUGAAGUUCUCAUUGGUCACUUGAUGCUUAUGUCAGAGUUUGCUGCAGCAAACGUUUCAAUUUUGACUGAGCAUUACUUUCAUAAACACUUUUGUUUUCUAUUUCCUUGCUGUGCAACUUCCACAUUAAUAUCAAUGGAUUCACAGCAUAAAAUAAUAUUUCAUAACACAACUGUUUUACUGUAUUUUUGAUCAUAUAAAUGCAACCUUGGUAAGCAACGUAAGACUUCAAAAUAUGAUUAUUUAUUUUAAUUUUUUUAUGAAUUCAAAGCAACAGCAUUUAAUCAUGAUAUAAAUUAUAAAUGUAUUUUAAAAGCAUUAAUAAAAA